CUUGGGCUCCCCGGGGCCUGCGGGCGGAGUGGUCUCCGGCUGUGCGGAGUCUGUCGGCUGUGGAGACGCGGCGGAGGUUGGUGCGGCGGUGCAGUUCCGAGGGGUUUAUUUGGGGCUCGGGCUGCCGCUCUCGUUUCUGUGCUUUUGGAUCGGGCUCUGCGCCGUGCCGGGCCGCUCCGCGGGUGUGAGCGCCUCUGUUCGCCGUCGGCUCCGUCGCUGGAUGCUUUCACCCGCCUCCGGCCGAGUUCCCCGUUUUGGAAGAUUCCCGUUGCUUGUGAGGCCAUAAUGAGGUUCCCCAGAAGAUGGUGUAAAGCCAGCUGGUGCAGCUGCUGCCUGUGAUCUACGUGUGCCCAGACCUCAGGGAAGACCAUGGCAGCAGCUCAGGGAGCAGGAAGCAGCUCAGCCGGGCCCCCCGGAGCCCCUGGCUCCAUCCCAGGGUACAGCAGCUCCACAGCAGUGGCGGUGUGGGAAUGGCAGGAUGAGUUUGGCCGGUGGAGGCCAUACCGAGGAGAUGUGUGCAGGUUCAUUGAGCAAGGUUUUCAGGCCUCUCAGCAGAAGGGACGGCGUUCAGGAUCAGGGCUUGUCAGCAGCAGCAUCUCUUUGGGACAUGCGGAUGCUAGCUUGGCCCCCUACGUCAUCGACAUCCCAAGCCUGACACAGUUCCGGCAGGAUACAGGGACGAUGCGGGCAGUCCGCAGGCACCUCUUUCCCAGGGACUCAGCAGCCGAGCAGGGCAUCGUCUGGGAGUGGCAGAACGACGAACGUGGCUGGUUCCCCUAUGAGAUGAACGUCUGCGUGUUCCUGGAGCAAGCCCACGCCUCCAACCACCAGCGGGUGGACCUCGGCCCCUUAGGCUACAACUAUGAGGUCGACCUGGUGGCUCAAGUGCAGACCAACAAGACCACGAGGUUCUGCCGCAGUGUUCGGAGGCGGGUGGACAAUCCGUACCCCGUGACGGCCGCCCUGACUCUGCUUCACACGGGGACGGGUUGCUCGUGCCAGCAGUGCUGGCUGAACGGUGGGACUGGCCCCAUCACCACGCGGUUCCGGCACUCCAUGACAAACUUCCCCAAUUCCUCUGCUGCACCUCAGGUUUCUGGAAGGACGACGUCAGUGAGUUCUUCCAGCAUCGGCUUUGUGCCCUAUAACAAACCCUCUUUGUCUGGAGCGAGGUCAACACCGCGACUCAAUGCGCAGAGCAGCUGGGCUUUGCCCCAGGCUGGAGGUGCUGUGGGCCCCAGCACAGGACUGUCCAUUUCGAAUGGAGUCAGUGCUCUAAAUCUUCCAGUCAGGAUGUCCAAGCCCAGCAAACUGAACCAAGCCUUGGCAGGCAUGACGGCUAUUCUGAUGUCAGCCGCUGGACUCCCCGUGCACCUCACCUGUGUGCCGCAAGCUGCCAGCACCCAUAAAGCCACUAAAAAACACAGCUCAGUUAAGGAGGGGAGGAAAGUGUCCAAGAAAGGCUGGUGGAGGAGCCUGGCUGCCUCUGUGAUGGGCCUGAUGAUGGCAGCACCAACCGACCCAGAAGCAGUGGUGAAGAAGUACCUGGUGGAGGUGAAGGGCACUCCUGCAGAUGAGGACUGUAUCAUCUGCAUGGAGAAGCUGGCCUCUCCUUCAGGUUACAGUGAUGCUUGUGAGUGCAGAACAAUCAAGCCAGAGAUGGUCGGUCGCCUGACGAACUGCCAGCACUCCUUCCACAUGCUCUGUGUGCUGGCCAUGUACUCCAAUGGAAACAAGGAUGGCAGCUUGCAGUGCCCCUCUUGUAAGACCAUCUAUGGAGAGAAAACUGGUACUCAGCCCAAAGGCAAAAUGGAAGUCUCCACUUUCCCUCAAUCCCUCCCUGGCCACAGGGACUGUGGGACAAUCCAGAUCGUGUACCACAUCAGCAGAGGCAUUCAGGGCCCUGAGCACCCCAACCCAGGGAUGCCUUACACAGCAAGAGGCUUUCCUCGCUAUUGCUUCCUACCAGACAAUGAGAAAGGCAGAAAGGUCCUGGAGCUUCUGAAAGUGGCCUGGAACAGGCGCUUGAUUUUCACAGUGGGCACCUCCAGCACCACUGGUGAGAGCAACACGGUGGUGUGGAAUGAGAUCCACCACAAAACAGAGAUGGACACAAACCUGAGCGGCCACGGCUACCCUGACCCCAACUACCUGGACAAUGUGCUGGCAGAGCUGGCUGCCCAGGGCGUCACCGAAGACUGCCUCAGAAAAUGAGUGGUGUCGAUGGGCUCAGCUGGGCUGUGGGUGGGGCCCACCCAGUGCACUUAUUCCUGUUGCCUUAAGUUCCUGUGUCUGACCAUCUGUCACACUAAGCAAUAACACUGUCAUGUGGGAGUGCUGUGUACUCUGUACAGUCUCUUUUUUUUUUCUUCUGGAGGGAAGCUGUUUUUGUAGAAAGCGUGACUGUAUGUCCAGGUAGGGUUGGUGUCUGCAGCUAGGAGAGUGGUGGGGAGGUGACAGGGCCCCUUGUGAAGGCAGGACCCCAGCCCUGGUGCUGUCUGGGGUGACAGGAGUGUCUCUUCCGUAAGAGCACUUGGAAAGAGGAGGGCCUCCCUCCUUCUCAUUGCAGCUCCUUCUGAGCAAAGCUUCCUGCCCCUGUAGCAGAUGCCUGUAUCUCUUGGUUGCAAUAAACACUUCAUUUCCCUGGA